GCGCUUCCCGGAAGCUCUGCAGGCCGGGCAGACGUGUCGCUGCCAUGGCGGAUCCCGGCCGGCUGGAGCGGCUGGAGCGSCGUGUGCGGGAGCUGGAGGAGGAGCUGGCCCGGGAGAAGCGCGGACGGGGAGCGGGGCGGGCCCGCAUCGACACCAUGAGCCCCGAAGUGACCGACUCCAACCCUUACAGUCGCUUGAUGGCGUUAAAAAGAAUGGGAAUUGUCAAAGACUAUGAGAAAAUCCGCACCUUUACAGUUGCAGUAGUAGGUGUAGGUGGYGUUGGCAGUGUGACUGCUGAAAUGCUGACAAGGUGUGGCAUUGGUAAGCUACUUCUGUUUGAUUAUGACAAAGUGGAACUGGCAAACAUGAACAGACUCUUCUUCCAACCUCAUCAAGCUGGACUAAGUAAAGUGCAAGCAGCAGAACAUACUUUGAGGGAUAUAAAUCCUGAUGUUCAGUUUGAAGUACAUAACUACAACAUCACAACACUGGACAACUUUGAACACUUCAUGGAUAGAAUAAGUAACGGUGCMCUGGAGGAAGGGAAGCCUGUGGAUCUGGUUCUAAGCUGCGUGGACAACUUUGAAGCUCGCAUGGCAAUUAACACGGCCUGCAAUGAGCUUGGACAAAUCUGGAUGGAGUCUGGAGUGAGUGAAAAUGCAGUGUCAGGACACAUACAGCUGAUCAUACCUGGUGAAUCUGCUUGUUUUGCGUGUGCUCCUCCACUUGUAGUAGCUGCAAAUAUUGAUGAGAAGACAUUGAAGCGAGAAGGAGUUUGUGCAGCCAGUCUUCCUACAACCAUGGGUGUUGUGGCAGGAAUGCUUGUACAAAAUGUUCUCAAAUACCUGUUAAAUUUUGGUACUGUGAGUUAUUAUCUUGGUUACAAUGCGAUGCAGGAUUUCUUCCCAACUAUGUCAAUGAAGCCAAACCCCCAAUGUAGUGACCACAAUUGCAGAAAACAGCAAGAAAAGUAUAAGAAAAAAGAAGCUGCAAGACCAAAAGAGGAAGUAAUUGAAAAGGAAGAAGAAAUAGUACACGAAGACAAUGACUGGGGCAUCGAAUUAGUAUCAGAAAUUUCAGAAGAUGAGCUGAAGGCUGCAUCUGGCCCAGUACCUGAGCUUCCUGAAGGAAUUAGUGUAGCAUAUACUAUCCCAGACAAGGAAGAGAAUUUCACAGCUGGGGAGACAGUAGCAGAGUCUGAAGAAAGCCUAGAAGAACUCAUGGCCAAAAUGAGAAACAUGUAGAAAAACAAAUUUUAAGCAAACUUUCAUGAGUUUGGAUCGAUAUUGGAAUUUUAGAAGACCAGAAUUUUUACUUUUUUUUUUUACCUCCAUUGAAGCUUACGUUUUUUGAGGAAACAGAACUGUUACAGGAAGGACACAGACUUACAUUAUUUAUAUUCUGUUUUCUCAUCACAUCUUUAAYAGAACAGUUCUACUGGAAAUUUUAGUUUCUCAGCAUUCUAGUGUCCAGAUACUCAGUGGAAAAUAAAAGGACAUGGAMAAACUAAAAAAGCAGGCACAGCAUAUUAUACGCCCUAUCAUGUCAUGCAAAUAGCACAGAGAACACGACAAGGGAAAGAUGAAAUCUGCUGGAGUGGAUGGAAUAGGUAAAGGACAUACAAUAGUGCCUCUCUCAUGUUGCUGCUCCUUAUUUUCCAGGCACUUGUACUUGGUUGUUUUUCACUGGUCUAAAUUCUUGGCAUGGAUCAUGCUGUGGCUACUUUUUCUGAAUAAUCAGAACAUCUAAGCCUUUCCUUCUGCCUUAAAUCUCUCUGGGAUGGAAUUUUCUUCAUCAGUGUCUUGCUACUGCCUGUCCUUAAACAGCUGCCUACGUUUUGUACAUGAUUAUGUUUUGAAAGUAUUUGGUAAGGAGGUGAAGUCUUUUGUUAGUCUUACAUUAGCAGAUUGCAUAUCAGCAUGCCACUGAUUUGCCUGGCAAAAGCUUUUCAUGACAAAAUUAUGAGURUCAUUGGAAAGAACUGGAGAUUUUGUCUACCUUUUUGAAAGUCUAAAUAUUAUAUUUUUGUUGGUUAUUGAAAGUUUAGCUAUCAUUCUGACCAUUCCCCAUCAUAUAGGCUAUGUUAAGGAAUAUAAAUCUGAAUUUGCGUAGAAUGUCUUCUAGAAUUAGAURCUCUAAGUUUUUAGUUUUGCAAACACCUUCAUUGGAGUAGCUCACCUGUUAUAUUUGUCUUGUAAAUGACAUUAGUACAGUCAUAUUUAAUCUGCCGUGUGUUAAACUGACGUGUGAAUAUAUGCAUCCUGGAGUGCCAGUACCCUGAAGAGCUGGAAGGAUCAGUUUCAAAUAUUUUUACUACUGUGGGCAUCUGAUGUAGAACUUGAUGAUUAUUUCAGCUUGGCUUACAAGAAGKUAAAUUUCAGCCUUGGCAGUGUAAUACAAGUAUUUUCAAGUUGGGCUCUUCAACAAACUUUUCCACAGCAUGAUGCAGCCAACAGAAAGCCAGUGUGUAAUGGUAGUAGUGGUAGUAGUAGUCGUAGUAUUCCACUGAUGUGUAAAGAGAGAGCAAUAUCAUCGUGGUCCUUCUGUUUCUUAGGGCAGCUGAAUGAAUAUGUAUUAGUUAUACUAAUAAUUAGUUUAAAAAAGUUUCAUUUCUAAGCAACUGUUACAAACUUCAAAACCAGUUUUCUCCACAGCUGACAUCAGAUUAUAUUAUACACAUGAAAAUCAUCUCUGAAGCCAGUGAGGGAGAUUUUGUGUGGGGCAUUACACUGUAAAAUCGAAGUGGCUUUUUUUGGAUUGAGUUGUUUUAGAGAAACCAGGUUUUAGAAAUGAAUUGUAAAGAAGAAUAGGAAAUGGAAUAAUGAGACAAUUUAAAAGGUAGAUAUUUGAGUCUGUGUUACUAAGUCUAUGUUAGCUUGAUCCAGUGUCAAUUUACAUGUUGCAUUUCUCUGUGGCUUUCACCUUUUUGUUGGGAACAGUAAAAGUGAGGCACACAAUGGCUCUGGAGGAUCCUGAGGUAAAUGGCUGACUCAUUUUUACAACAGCUUAGUUCAUCCUGACUCUUAACUGUUUKGCUGACAUGACUGCUAUCACAGGAUUGAUGAGAGGCAACUUCAAGUACAUUUUGAUGAGAAAAUUAAUACACUUCAGUAUGUUCAAUUAGAGAGCAC